CCACCUUCGCUAGUGAUACACAUCGAAGAAGCGCUGCUGAAGAGGUACAUCAAGGGCUACGAAAACGACAUCACCUUCCGGGCCAAAUACCAGAGCAGGGAAUCCGAUCCGCGGUCAUGGCAUCCAACUAAGAGGUUCUUCAGAGACGAGAGAGGACUGCUGUACUUUCGAGACGCGGACUUCGUCCCUAGACUGUGCGUCCCGAAGGAGCUACAGGAGGACCUCCUGAAACAGAUUCACGAAUCGGCCCACUCCUCGGCGCAC